AUGUUAUCAGCAGCAACGGUUCUCAGCAUAUUCAAUUGGUGUGCAGUUUUCAUAUGUAUUCUCGUAUUUUUAUCAAUUUUUUUAAUUAUAUACAAAUGUCGUCAAGAAUUACGUGAUGCAUCUUUAUUAUUAACAUGUAAUAGUUGUUUUGCCACGUUAUUAACAUGUGUUACAAUGUGGAUAAUGACUAGUUCAAACUUAUUUACUGGAUUUUUACUUUAUAAUAUGAAAUUUUGUGUUGCUUGGGGUGUAUUCUAUGAUAUAUUUGAAUGUGCAAUUUAUUUUAGUUAUUGUUUACAAGCAUUUUAUCGUUUAUGUCGUAUUGUUUUCUAUACAAAGAAAUUUUUGACAUCCUUUUCUUUAAAUUUUAUAUUGAUUAUUUGUCAAUGGCUGUUGAUAUUCGCUUUUCUUAUACCACCAGGUUUUAUCAAUUGGUAUGCUCGUUUACCAACAGAAAACUUUUGUCUUAUUCCUUAUACAUCUGUCAUUCCAGAAAUCUAUCAUAUUCUUGUUUUAUAUCUUAUUCCAUUAAUUUGUAUUGGAACAAUAUAUAUAUGGAUAACUAGAUUUAUGCGUCAAACCUCUCAAGCAUCGACACUUGUCAUUGCAGUUAUACAACGACAACGAAAUCAAAGGGAUUUAACAGUUAUUAAACGUAUUAUAAUGCUGAUAGGAGUAUUAAUUGUAUUACGUUUUCCAACAAUUAUUUUUAUGAUAUAUGCAAUUAUUGUUGGACACACAUACUCAUUAACAUAUGGAAUAGUUGGCGUUACUACAUCAACAUGUUUGAUAUUUAUUGGAUUUUCAACAAUUUAUACGACACCACAAUUACGAAAACGAAUUCACGAUUAUUUUGUUCAUGGAAAUAAUCGAGUACAAUCUGAACGAAUAGCAAUGAAUCAAGUAGGUGCUCCUAUAUCAGUGAUUGAUGCUAUCAAUACCGCUCACAAAACCAAACAAGAGGUGAGUACAACAGCAAAAAACAUUCCGUAA